CGCAGCCCAAGUUUGACUUCGCACUUCUUCCUGGAUUAACCUUUCCUAGUGACCCUGCCCAGAUACAAAAGGGACUAAGAUUGACUAAGAUUGCAACGCUAUUCCUCCGUCAGCCCCUCUCUGUCCACAAAUCCACAAUGCCUAGCGACUACGCCCUGAAACGCUCCUACGGCCAGGAGACGGUGAUAAUCCAUGCCGCCGACCUGUAUCUCCUGGACCAAUGGAGAAUUGACCGUGCCAUCUCGGACGAUGCACAGCGCUCGGCGAUUUUUAGCAAGUGGCUAGAGCUUGGGUCGCGUGGCCGCAUGGUUAGUCCAUCUCAGGUAUCCUACGAGCAGGAGCAAUGGCUAAGCAUGAUUUGUAGCCGUAUGUGGAGCGACUCAAGGAGAUGUCUCUCAGCAAAGAUGAUAUUACGGAGGACGAGAAGAAUCUCCUCGCUCGGGUCCGCAGUGCGUCGGACCGCCAGGGAGUCAGCUAUACACGUCUCGUAUGCACUUUCUACGGUGAAGGCUCGGAAGAAAACUUGGCCGAGCUGAUUUCCGAGGCUGAGUACGACGGAACAGUCUUCGACGAGGCCGCGCUUUACGAUGCGGGAUCCAACGACGGUUUACAGUCGCUGCGUAAUAUCCUGACCCGUAUCCCGCAAAUCGUUGAGGAGACACCCGGGUUUGCUGCUUGGUACAAUGAGAGGAAGCGGAAAACACGAGACGAGGCUAUCGAGGCCAGCGUGGACAAUUUUGACUAUGCUCUGUCGAUCUUUCACCUGGCGGCCAAAUGGAGCCAUGUGCUUAUCUAUGACAAGGAGGCAAACGAUGGCCCGGGGAACGUGCUGCUCGUGUAUAUCGACGACCGCGGCCGUGUUCUACGUUACUCCCGGUUGGACGGCGCUGAGGACUUGCAGGCCGCCGAUGGGAUGCUAUGCUCGGGCCAGGAUUUCAUGCACGCUUGGUGGGAGGGCGGCCGCUACGGCGAGGACUGGGAGCCCGACCAACUUUCUAAGCGAUGGGACGAGGUUGAUUAUGAAACACCUGCGUUGGAGGCCUGA